CGCAAAAUUUCCAAAUGCAAUCCAUCACCAGCCACCACCACCAACAACAACAACAACAACAGAGGCAACAGCAGCAACAACAAUCGAAUUUAAGCACUCAAUAUAUUGAUCAAGUUGUGGACACUGAAAUGAAGCGUGUAAAGGCCAAUUGCCAACGCGAAGAAGAGCAAUUUGUGGAGCAGAUGCUGCUAGAAAAUCCCAUAGUGGUGGAAAGACGUAGCCUAUCUCCGGUUGGGCAAUCAACGCAAUCAACUCUUCAACUGCAACAACAACAACGACAACGUGCCGAAUCGUGUCGUCGCUCUCGCAUCCACAACAAAAUAAAAAAGGCCAAAAUGAAAUUUCGCCAUAAAUUCAUGUCGAACAAACUAAUGCAGAGCAUCAGUAUGCUGAAAUGUAUACAAAAGCUGAUUGACCAAGCGGAAAUGCAGCUGCAGAGCCAAGGAUACCCACAGCAACAAUUGGAGAAAAUCAAAGAGCUGUAUUGCGGUGGUGGACUUUAAGCAGC